AGAAAGUAAAAGUGAAAGAAGUGGCCUAUUUGAACAUUUCAAAAAAUAUGCUAGAGAUAUCAUAUUGGAGUUGGGCACAAUUAAUAAUCUAUCUGAAAAAGAAACAGCCAUGAUGGAAUUUUUCAAGACUGAAGUAAAAUCACUUGAAUUUUUACUAAAAAAUAUAUCACAUAAAUUUUUAGAAUAUGUCAAUGAAAACCUUACAACAAAGAAUACACCUUCAUCAACAACUCCUAUUUUACAAAUAGAUACUUCAACUUCAUCAUCACCUACAGAACCUUCACUAUUUCAUGAAUUGUUUUCCAUUAACAAUAAUAUCUCAAUAUCUUAUGAUAACAACUAG